CGAUCUUCAAUUGGAUGCGCAAGAUUCCAGACACGGACGGGGCGCAGCGUUGGGCGAGCGCGCGCUACUAUCCCACGGCCACGCCGAUCGCGCUUAACACCGGCUGCGGCUACCCUGGCGACAAGCACGACCCCUUCCCGCCGACGACGCUCGAUUACGCGGCAGAGGAGCGGCAGCCGCUCAUCGGCUCCUGAGUCAGGGCCUGCGACGAAUGUGGUGGUGCGCGAGGCGAGUACCGCUCACUAUGGCCGGCUCACUCUGGCCCCCCUCCACCUCCCCCCCCCCC